UCGAUCAAACUACUACUCAACUAAACUAGAUUAGAACUACAAUCAUUUCAAUGACGAAUCCAAGUCAGCAAACGCCAGGAGUGGCCAAGCCAACAAGACCAGGACACCACAGAAUCCUUCGUAUGGUGGCUACGUUCUUUCUAGGGUUGAUAGUCCUAGUGGGUUUAGCCGUACUCAUAAUAUGGCUCGUACUCAGGCCAAAACGACUCGUUUUCAGCGUCGAAGAUGCUUCGGUCCACAACUUCCAUCUCUCCAACGACAACCAUCUAAACGCAACGUUUGACUUCGUCGUUCGCUCGUACAACCCCAACACCAAAGUCUCCAUCUACUUCGACUCCAUCGAGUCCGACCUCAAUUACGACGACCAAACCCUAGCCUUUAGCACCGUCAGCCCUUUCUUCCAGCCCCGCCGCAACGUGACUCGGCUCCAAGUCAAGCUCACGGCUUCGUCCACGGCUCUCUUCAGCUCCGUCUCCAAGGACCUGAGGCUCGAGAAAAAGUCUGGCGAGGUCGAGCUCAACCUUGAUCUCAAGGCAAGGAUUAGGUACAGAGUUGGUGUUUGGAAAUCUUCUCAUCGAACCCUGAAGAUCUUUUGUUCUUCGGUUUUGGUUGACUUUUCCAAGUCCAAGACCUUUGACAGAACUUAUUGCGACGUUGAGAUUUGAUUUUUCUUUUUUUGUUUACACAAAUUUAUGCUUUGAGUAUAAAUUUAGUGUGUCGAUCUCUUUCAUUAUUAUUAUUUUUUCUAUUAGUGAUUCUCGAGUUGUGUGGUUGACUAAUUAGGGUUGAUCGAUCACUCGAGUGAUCUUUGAUGAUUAUGAGAUUGCAUGUGUGUGUAAUAAUUGUUUUUGUAAAAUGAUUGAUAUUUGUGUUUGA